AUGUUCGGUAACGGAAGGUUAGCUCUACCGGUUUGCUCCUUUCUCCUGCUACACCUCCCGCUUCUCCCGCUAACGAACAACUGGCCCCUUAAGGACAGGAGUGAAGGGAGGGUGGAGCAGCGUAACAUCCAUCUACAAUCAGACAGCCAUGGAAGUCUGAUUGUCAAACAAACAAGCAACAAGGAGGAGGUGUUUCACUGGUGGGGGGAGUGGUCCAGUUGGUCCUCUUGUUCCAGGAGCUGUGGAGGAGGAGUGAGGAGUCAGGAGAGACACUGUCUCAUACAGAGGCUGUCCUCCACACAGAACAUAAACAGCUCAUACUGUGUUGGCUCUCCUAAACAGUACCAGCUCUGUCCAAACCAGCCCUGUCCCAGCCCUAGUGUUAGCUUCAAACAGCACCAGUGUUCCCAGUUUAACUCUAAAGCCUUUGGAAGAAGAUACUACCAGUGGAUACCUCUUUACCCAGCUGAUUACAUCAGCAUCUCCAAUAAGCCAUGUGACCUGCAGUGUACAACCAUCAGCGGUGAGCGACAGCUCCUAGUUCCUGCCCACGAUGGUACAUUCUGCCGUGAUACUAAAUACCAUGGAGUCUGUAUAGAAGGAAUAUGUCAGCCUGUAGGUUGUGAUGGGAAGCUGUACAGUAGUAAGACAGUGGACAGAUGUGGAGUAUGUGGAGGGAAUGGAGCGUCAUGCCAGCGUAUCUCUGGAUCAUACAGGAAGGCACUCACACAGUUAGGCUAUGCAUUCAUCACCAACAUCCCAGCUGGAGCCACAGACAUUCAGAUCAUAGAGAGACACAAGACUGAGAACAUCCUGGCCCUGUCAGAUGAAGCUGGUCAUUUCUUCUUCAAUGGAAACACUGUGUUUGACAAUCCUCAAAACUUCCGUGUGGCGGGAACAGUGUUUAAAUACCGACGCCCAAGCAGCGUGUUCUCUGAUGGACUGGAGUACAUCAUCGCCCAGGGUCCAACACUGCAGGGCCUCAAUGUUAUGUACUACAACUUGAAUGGGAAACUGCCUCACAUCACCUACGAGUACACCGUCCCCCUCAAGUCUUAUGACAUCACUGCAGCAGAGGGCAUCACUACAAGCCCAGGCCACUCCCACCUUAACUUCACCUAUAAUCAGGUAAAUGAGGACGUCAGAGGAGAUGAGGUUAGGUUGACAAACCACAGCAGAGGGAGUGUGACAUCUCUCCAUCACUACAACGCCCAGCUGGGAGCUGGUGACCGAUCAGAUAUCCAGCUGCAGGAAGAAGGAGAGGAGGAAGUUGUGUGGGAAAUCCAGACACCCAGCCCUCCACCGUUAGCGGCCAUGUUGGUCUACAGACCAGCUGAUGUCACCAGUCACGUGUUCAGCCACAAUGAUGUGGAAGAGCAGGGACCUCCUGCUCCAUCUGGCUACCGGAGUUCCUCUAAUUCGAUCGACGAGCCAUCCACUGCUGAUGACAACACUCUAGUGCUCUCUUUCCCAGGCAGUCAAAGUGUUCAUGCUGCAGCUGUGCCUGAAGAGGCCCCCUAUCUGCUGCUGGAGGACCUACAAUACAACCAGACACACUCAAACACACACUCCCUCACACAGUCAAACACAUACUCUGUUAAACACACACUCACUGAGCCACAUUCACCUGGAGAAACACACAUGGAAACACUGUCCUCCACAGAGGCAGGAACACACACAGACACACAGGCAGAAAUACAUUCAGACGUGCUCAAGGUUACUGACUCACACUCUGUUUCACACGUGGAAGCAGAACCUGGCAAACACUCAGACACACACACUGCCAUCUUGGUCCAGGUGCAACAAGUGUCUGCAGUGCAGGCGGCCAACACAGAGAGCAAUGACUUUGAUGUGGGUCUGGACCCAGAUAUUAGUUUGGCAGACAUGUAUCGCUGGAAGGUUUCUGCUUAUGCUCCAUGCAGCUCAACCUGUACAACAGGUAUCACCACCAGCUAUGCCCUGUGUGUCCGGUAUGAUGGCACUGAAGUCGAUGACAGUUACUGUGACUCUCUGACCAGACCAGAGCCCACACAUGAGUUCUGCACUGGAAAGGAGUGUCCCCCCAGAUGGGAGACCAGUGGUUGGAGUGAGUGCUCUCGAACCUGUGGUGAGGGUGUUCAGUACCGCACCGUGCGCUGCUGGAAGAUGCUGUCGCCUGGUCUGGAUUCCUCUGUCUAUGAUUCACUGUGUCUGUCACAUGACCUGCACAAACCAGCCAACCGAAAGGUCUGCCUUGGCCAGAGCUGUGGACCACAGUGGGAGGUGUCUGAGUGGUCAGAGUGUUCGGCACGUUGCGGCUCUCGGGGUGUUCGGACUCGGGAGGUUCGUUGCUCCAUGGAAAUGAGACUGUGUAAUAAGUCCUCUCAGCCAAUAGAGAGUCAGGAAUGUGAGGGCCCGCCCUGCGACAGGAGAUGGACGGUUUCUGACUGGGGACCUUGCUCAGGUGUGUGUGGAGAGGGAAGGAUGGUGCGUGCGGUGACAUGUCGAUCGUCAGGUGGGUUAGUGAUGUCAGAGGAGCAGUGUGACCAAUCACUGCGACCGCUGGCCAUUUAUCCUUGUGGUGACAGAAACUGCGCCCCCCACUGGGUCGAACAGGAAUGGCAACAGUGUAAUGCGACCUGUGGCCGCGGUGUGCGGCAGCGUCAGGUGGUGUGUGCCGGCCUGGAAGGUGGUGUGUUCAAAGAGUUCCCAGACAGCAGCUGUGACCAAACCAACAAACCAGAGACCAGCUCCUCCUGCUUCCAGAGACCCUGCUCCAAAUGGUUCACCACAUCCUGGUCCCAGUGCAGUAAGACCUGUGGGAGUGGUGUCCAGGUUCGAGAAGUCAAGUGCUACCAGGGGGAGGAGCUGGUUACCAGGGGCCACAGCUGUGACUCUGCCCUCAAGCCAGAAGCCAGACAGAGCUGUGAAAUCCAGAGCUGUCCAACAGAAGCACCAGCGGCAGCUCCGGCAGCAUCAGUAGCAGUAGACGACUCUUGCCAGGAUAAGCCAACAGCAAACUGCGCCCUAGUCCUAAAGGUGAAACUGUGUUCCCAUUGGUACUACAGAAAGGCCUGCUGCCAGUCCUGUAGGGCACCAAGACCCUGAAGUCCUAACUGUAACCUUUCACCUUGACCCCUCAACGCCAACCACUGGUACCAACGGUCACACUGCAUUCUUAUUGGUGCUACACAAAAGCCUGCUGCUAGCAAUGUAUGGCCUUAGGACAUCAACAUUUACCUUAUUACUGUUACCCUAUCACUGAUGUCAAAGGUCAACCUGUGGUCACUGCCUUCUACUUGUCAAUGUUAUCCCUUUUCUCUUGUUCCCUCGUGGCUAGAAUUGCUUAUACAAGUAAAUCUAAAGUAGUAUCAUCACUACUAAAGAUAAACCAAUCAGAAUUACUCCUAGUGCAAAAAGACAGAGCACAUUUCCUGUUUCGUAGCAGUGUUAACAGGACAUUUAUCGCUUUAAAUCUGACACAACGUACGAGGCUUUAGCCGACUCCCUCUGAGCCCUUACCAUUCAGUCAGCGUGCUACUAAAUCUGUCCACUGACCACCUCCUCCCCAGACAAUGUGAAGACAGACGAGCUUUAGACUCACUGGGAUGUCUGUUCAUCUGUUUACUAAACUCCAAAACAGAAGACACAAACCAGUCUUUUGGUAAAUAUCCUUCUAUAUUUCCAUCUUUCACUGUAGCACUCACGAGUUUAAAGGGUAAAAACCCUCAAGGACUCUUCAUCUCUUCAUUCCUGUAUCCAUCACUCCAAGUAACUCCCAUCCCCUUUUUAAAGUGAUGUUCUGUAUAGUAAAUAUCUAUCCAUUCCCUCACUUCUUAAGGUGCUAUGUUCCACUAAAGAGAGUGCAUCCAAAGCACAUGAAAGACUCAAGGCAACUUUGCUGUUAGCGUGGGAACAGACCCUGGUCCAGUCCUGUCCCAGUCUACAUACGCAGCCUCAUACAGAGAGUUUGGUCAGACUGUACUACUGGUGCCGUGCUGGUUUGUUACUAUGCUCUUUUUUCAGCCACUGACCAGCUGAGGCUCCAUUUUGACUUCAGAAUAAACUGCAGCAUCAAGACAGGCAUCAGUCAAUGGUAACGAAACUAAAUGCAACAUGUAGCUGACAGAAAAAGCAAAUGCAUUCAAAGUAUGACACUAAAAAAAAUCUAAUAGUAGUAACAGUUACAGCUGGGUCACAGAUGCUGUCACCCAUCAACACUGAUGCUGUUAUUUACACAUUUAACUUGUUUGACAUAUAGGAAUAUAAGAAAUUAAAGCAUCAGAGCUAUUAAUCAACAACUGAGUGCCUUUUGAAGAAUUUCUCUCUACAUUUGAAUUGUCAGAAACAGGAAAUAAUGAAGAAUAAUGCAGAUGCUGAGAACCAGCAUAUUGUGUUAGACAUUUCACAUGCGUUGGUUCACGUAGGAACUAAAUGGAAAUGCAUCAGUGGAGUCACUGGCUUGAAAAUUAUAAGAACAGUAUAAACACAGCACAGCACAGACACAGCUGUGGAACAGGACUUUGGUACUGUACCAACAUGGCUGCCAGUGAAGAUUACUGGGGCCCAUACACUGUGUAAACAUGACAUGUCACUGUCGGCCUCUCCCAAAGUGUUUGUUUACCUGUUUGACCUGUU